AAAAAGCCAGCUGCCCGUUGAGUCUACACCAUACCAGGACGACCAGAAACCCCGUCCUUCUCUGCAAACCAGGUCCGGCCUCCUCUGAAGCAUGAGUUCCCACCAGCAGAAGCAGCCCUUCGUCCCACCCCCUCAGCUGCAGCAGCAGCAGGUGAAACAGCCCUCCCAGCCUCCUCCCCAGGAACCAUGUGUCCCCAAAACCAAGGAGGCGUGCCACACCAAGGUGCCAGAGCCAUGCCACCCCAAGGUUCCGGAGCCAUGUCCCACCAAGGUUCCGGAGCCAUGUCCCACCAAGGUUCCGGAGCCGUGUCACACCAAGGUUCCAGAGCCAUGUCCCACCAAGGUUCCAGAGCCGUGUCACACCAAGGUUCCAGAGCCAUGUCAUACCAAGAUUCCAGAGCCGUGUCACACCAAGGUUCCGGAGCCGUGUCACACCAAGGUUCCAGAGCCGUGUCCCACCAAGGUUCCGGAGCCCAGCCACCCCAAGGUCCCUGAGCCAUGUCCCUCAACGGUCAUCCCAGCGCCAGUUCAGCAGACCAAGCAGAAGUAACGCUGCCCACAGCGAAGCUCUGGAGGAGCCGACCACUGGGUGCUGAACCCCCUCUCCCACUCCGCUUAUGCUGUCACCCUGAGUCGUAACCCCUCCCUCUUUGUACCCUCGAAAAAGAUGGUCCUCACGCUCAGUCUGAAGGGCUCUGUGCUCCUGCCUAAGGCUGAAGGUCUCACUGGCUGAGCUGGUCUUCUCGCUGCGCAGGGCUCAUCGGGACAGUGAGUCCUGUGGGGGGUCAAGUGACUGUUCCCGACUCUGCUUCCAUUAAAUCCUUUGUAACUCCA